AUGGCCGCCGCGCCGGAGGGCGAGGGCCUCUUCGCUGACCCCGAGCCCUUCUCCCCGUCCAUCUUCCUCGACCUGCCCCCGACGCCCCGCCCCGAUGGCAACGGCGAGGUCCCGGCCUCGUCGGAUGACCUCGUCCUCACCUUCAUCACGCGGAUCCUCAUGGAGGAGGACAUCAACGACCAAUUCUUCUACCAGUUCCCCGACCACCCCGUGCUCCUCCAAGCCCAGGAACCAAGGCCCUGCGAAUCACUAUGGGCAGCGAGGAAUUGUGCUAAGAAGAACACCAUGAAGGGCAGAGGGAAGUCGGCACAGGGAAGGUCCAGCGCCAACGAGGCAGUGGAGUUGAGCACCUUGCUCAUCCACUGUGCACAGGCCGUGGCCACGGACAACCGCCGGAGUGCGACCGAAUUGCUUAGACAGAUCAAGCAGCAUUCGUCACCGAAGGGUGAUGCCACACAGAGGUUGGCACAUUGUUUUGCAGAGGGAUUGGAGGCGCGGCUGGCAGGGUCAGGGAGCCAGCUCUACAGGUCUCUCAUGGCUGAGCGCAUCCCGGUCGUGGAGUACCUCAAGGCCUACUGGUUGUACCUGGCAGCAUGCUGUUUCAAAAUGACGGCAUUCAGGUUCUCCAACAUGACAAUCCUCAAGGCCAUCGUGGGGAGGAAAAAGGUUCACAUCGUGGAUUACGGCGUGAAUUGUGGGGUUCAGUGGCCAACUUUGCUAUACCGUUUGGCGACCUUGGAGGCUGGGCCUCCUGAACUCGGUGUGCCAUUCAAGUUCCACGGCAUCACGGUGAGGUGGGACACAGUUUGUGUUGAUGACCUGAACAUUGACCCUGAUGAGGUACUCAUUGUCAACAGUAUCAUGCUGUUUAGAAAUUUGAUGGACGAGGGGGUCGACAUUGAUAGCCCAAGCCCUAGGGAUGUUGUCCUCAGAACCAUUCGCAAGAUGCAACCUGAUGCGUUCAUCCUUUAUGUCAUGAAUGCCUCGUAUAGUGCUCCAUUCUUUGUAACACGUUUCCGGGAUGUGCUGUUCUUUUACUCUGCAAUGUUUGACAUGCUGGAUGCCACGGCUCCACGGGAUAGUCACCAGCGCUUUUUGGUUGAGCGGGAUCUCUUUAGGCAGUGUAGCCUCAAUGCUGUUGCCUGUGAGGGCACGGACAGGGUGGAGCGCCCGGAGACAUAUAAGCAAUGGCAGGUGCGGAACCAACGGGCAGGGCUAAGGCAACUUCCAUUGGAUCCAGAUAUUGUAAAGACAUUGAGGGACAAAGUUAGGGAUCAGUAUCACAAAGACUUUGUCAUUGAUACGGAUCAUAACUGGCUCCUGCAAGGAUGGAAAGGACGCAUACUCUAUGCCAUGUCGACAUGGGUUGUAGAUGAUUCUGUCUCAGAACUUUAG